AGUAAACUUUCUAUCACUUUCUAAUAGUGUUAGUUUAGUCUGAGUUGAAAUAAGGGAAGAUGGCGCGGUGGAGCUGCGGUGCCACGUCUUGUUACAAGACAAAAUACAAACUAAAUCCAUUGAACUCUUUUUUAUGUGCUUUUAUUUCUUUUAUAAGUCUUAGUCCUUUAAUCACCGAAGCUGGGCUGUACACAGCGUCGGAUCAAGUCAUUAUUUUAUCACCGGAGAAUGUGGACUCGGUGCUUUUUAACUCCUCCGCGGCUCUUCUCGUGGAGUUUUACGCGACCUGGUGCGGACACUGUGUCGCCUUCUCACCCAUCUGGAAAACCCUCGCCAGAGAUAUUAAAGAAUGGAGGCCUGCUGUGGAACUGGCCGCUAUUGAUUGUGCUGAUGAAAGCAACAGAAAAGUGUGCACCAAUUUCGGCAUCACAGGAUAUCCCUCACUGAAGUUCUUCCCUGCUUAUUCAAGCAGUGAGUCCAGGGGGCAGGAGCUCAGAGGAUUCCCGAGGGAUGUGAGAGGCCUUCGGCACUACAUUAUCAGUAAUUUGGAGAUGCACAACGAGGCUUGGCCACCAGCUUGUCCACCUUUAGAGACAGCUAGUGAAGCAGAGAUAGACAACUUUUUCCAGACCAACAGUGUGAAGUACCUCGCUCUUGUGUUUGAGAGUAAAAACUCCUAUGUGGGGAGAGAGGUGACAUUGGAUUUGUUGCAGUAUGAGAAUAUCGCUGUGCGUAGGGUUUUGGACACAGAGAUAAGUUUGGUGUCCAGGUUUGGUGUGACCGAUUUUCCUUCCUGCUACCUGUACUACUCGUCCGGAAACAUCUCUAGACUGAAAGUACUCAGUGAAGCUCGUACCUUCUACUCAUAUGCCCUCCAGAGGUUGCCGGGGGUAGUGCGGACAGGCAGACCCCAGACUCCUAUCAUUGAUCUCAUCAAGAACUCUACAGAGGAAUGGAGGCCGUUUAACAAGACACGUGUGUAUAUGUCAGAUUUGGAAUCAGCGCUGCAUUACUCUCUGCGUGUAGAGCUGUCUAGUCAUAUCAUCAUCAGUGGAGAAGAUCUGACUGCACUCAAAAAGUACAUAGAUGUACUGGCUAAGUAUUUCCCAGGUCGUCCGUCCGUAAAGAGUGCACUGAAGAUCAUGGACAGCUGGUUACAUCAACAGACUGGGGCAGAGAUCAAAUACAGCGAUUUCAGAGAUGUGCUGGACAAUACUGUGCUGACGAGCGAUGCCGUGUUGCCUGAGGGUGUUCGGUGGGUGGGCUGCCAGGGAUCUCAAGCCCGAUACCGUGGAUACCCCUGUGCUGUUUGGACACUCUUCCAUGUGCUUACGGUGCAGGCCAAACAAAUUGGCAGCUCAGACCCUCAGGAAGUGUUGCAGGCGAUGAGAGGCUAUGUCAGCAGUUUUUUCGGGUGCAGGCCCUGUGCAACUCACUUUGAGAGUAUGGCCCAGGAGAGCAUGGAUCAUGUGCCCUCGCUGCCUUACGCUAUCCUCUGGCUGUGGAUUCGCCACAACCGGGUCAACAACCGCCUGGCAGGAGACCUCAGUGAGGACCCCCAUUUCCCUAAGAUUCAGUGGCCGUCUCCGGAGUUGUGUCCUAGCUGUCAUGGUGUAAAGUGGACCGGUGAGCACCAGUGGAACCAGGAGGAGGUGCUGACCUUCCUCCAAAACUACUUUUCUUCAGCUCGCAUUCUGACAGACUACCUGCAGAACGAGACCCAGGCUCUCAUCCAUCAGAGGAACCGACUUACGGCAGCUCGGAUGGAGAAAGAAGCCGGGCGUGGGAUGGAACGGAGAGCUCGAGAGGUUCUCGACAGCCACCCUGCCGAAGAGCCUCAAGAAGACGAGCAGGAGGAGGAGGAAGAGGAAGAACCAGCACUGGAGGAGCAGGCUGGUGAGCCGUACCCUGCGGAGUUGGAGGGAAUGGGGGAGACUGGAGCAGACACAGCAGAUAACCAGGCACCGUGGGAGAAGCCACAGCGGCCACAAUCCCAACACAAGCCAAGAAUUGUGGGACUGAAACUACGGGAGCGCCAGGAGGACAUAGUAGACCUGGAUUCCUUUGUAAACCAACACUAUAAAGCCAAAGCCCUCCGAGCUGCAGCCAUGUCUGGCGUAGUGCGACGGAGGAGUCUGCAAAAGAAGGAGGAUGUGGAAGACCUCCAGUUUGAGGGAGGCUGGAGGGUGAAGCGAGACCUAGGAAGCCAGGAAGAGAACCUCGGGAUAGAGCCAUACCCCAGACCCCAAAGCAAGCGCUGGAUGUCCCUGCUCAGUGUGGGAUUCUCCAGGCUGGAUGUGAGCCUAUGUGUCCUGCUGUACCUCCUCUCCACCAUGUGUCUGCUCGCCAUGUACCUGUAUUUUAAACUGAGGAUAAAGCUGCGACGUGCUAAAGUGUCUCUGCCCUAGAGCAUCGCUCCAGAGUAAACUUUUACUUUUAGCAGGAAUUACCAAAUCUGUGGCUACUAGAGAAACUUACAGCUUCAGCGCCAAAGUAACAAUACACAGAAAUCGGGGGAUUACCAAGUACUGUUUUUGAUUUUAUGGUAAUUAAGAGGGUAGUAGGAACACAUGCCAAAGUCUCGUUUUACAGACCCUGCACUUGAAGGGCUGCUUGUGGUCUGCUUUUUUUUUUUUUUUUUUUUUUUUGACUUUAACUAUCUGUGAGUUGCAUUCUUAGAAGCAUCUAAACAUUUUUUUAAAAUUGUAAUUAAUGUCUUUAUCUGUUUGUCCUACAAAAAUUCAUUUUUAUAUGACCACUCAAAAAAAAUCUGCAGCACACAUCAUUUUUAAAAGCACCAACCAUUUUGUAUAAUAUUCUUGAAACAUAAAAUUUAAAUUAUAAGAAAUAUUUUAUCAUAACUUUUUCUUCAGUAAAAUAAUUAAAUUUCUCUAAAUGCAUCUUGUGGUUAUAAUGAAAAUUCACUGCUCAGCAGUAGAGCUACAUCUGUAUGUAUGUUUAAACCUUUUUAAUUUUGUCUAAUCUCAGUGUCUGUUCAUUUACGGUGCCUUCCUGAUCAAAUAAUGAUGUUUUUCGAUUUUUUUUUUUUUUUUUUUUUUUUUUUUUUUUUUUUUUC